AUUAUUGGUUGAGGUAGGAAGCUGUGGUAGUUAUACCUCGCUAUUUCCCUUUGAAAACUUUGUUGCUUUAAAUACGUCCCUUUUUUAAUGUAAGACGUCCCAUUUUUACCUGUCUGACAGGUAGCGUGGCGUUACGUCAUAGACUAUUUGCGCAUGCACACGACUUGGUUUCUUCAAGGUGUCAUAUGAAAUUUGACAGAUUGGGGCACACACCGGUCUAGUCAUACAUUGCAACACACCACUUCCUGCGUUGUAAAUCAUGGUUUGAGCUAGUUUAGGCUUCUCGGUUGUUGUCUCAGCUGGGUGGUCGGUGCUCUGGGAAGAAUGGAGGACUCGUGGGGAACGGUAAUGUCGGUGGCGAAGGUGUGGUUCUCUUUGAUAGUGGGACUCAUCAUGUUUCCUGCUAUGUUCGGGGUCUCUCUCGGAAUAACGGAAACAUACAUGAAGAUCUUAAUCAAGACCUUGGAGUGGGCCACUAUGAGGAUACAGAGAGGGGCUAAAGAGCAACAGAUCCCGGAAUCCCCAACCAGUGGAAUCAUCGAGAGGCAGGACAGCUCUUUGGAGCAGGAGAUCGGGGAGCUGCGUCGGAGUCGAAGUGCAGGAGGAGGAACAGGAGGAGACUUCACGCUGAGCGACGUCUUCUACUUCGGCCGCAAGGGCAUCGAGACCAUUGUGGAGGACGAGGUGACCCAGCGUUUCACCUCUGAGGAGCUGGCCUCCUGGAACCUCCUAACGCGCACCAACAUCAACUUUACAUACAUCAGCCUACGGCUCACCAUACUGUGGGGAGUGGGGGUGGUGGUGCGAUACUGCAUACUGCUACCUCUCAGAGUUACGCUGGCGAGUAUUGGCAUCAUCUGGCUGGUGAUGGGCACUACAGUCGUGGGGUUUCUGCCCAACAGCAGGGUUAAGAACUGGCUGAGUGAGCUGGUCCAUGUGAUGUGCUACAGGAUCCUUGCAAGAGGCCUCUCAGCUGUGAUCCACUACCACAACAAGGAAAACAGGCCCAAAAGGGGUGGUAUUUGCGUCGCCAAUCAUACUUCGCCGAUUGACGUCGUCAUUCUGGCCAACGAUGGCUGCUACGCUAUGGUCGGGCAAGUUCACGGUGGCCUGAUGGGGGUGAUCCAGAGAGCCAUGGAGAGGUCCUGUCCUCACAUCUGGUUCGAGAGAUCCGAGAUGAAAGACCGCCACCUAGUGACAAAGAGACUGACAGACCAUGUGAAUGACAAGGGCAAGCUUCCCAUCCUGAUCUUCCCCGAGGGAACAUGCAUCAAUAACACCUCAGUGAUGAUGUUUAAAAAAGGAAGCUUUGAGAUCGGUGGAACCAUCUACCCAGUUGCUAUAAAGUAUGACCCCCAGUUUGGGGAUGCGUUCUGGAACAGCUCCAAGUACAACAUGGUGAGCUACCUGCUGAGGAUGAUGACCAGCUGGGCCAUCAUGUGCAACGUCUGGUACCUGCCCUCUAUGACACAAGAGGAAAGAGAAGAUGCAGUUCAGUUUGCAAACAGAGUCAAGUCAGCCAUCGCACGACAGGGUGGACUUGUAGAUUUAUCAUGGGAUGGAGGUCUGAAGAGAGGCAAAGUGAAGGAGACGUUAAAGGAGCAACAGCAGAAGAAGUACAGCAGUAUGGUGGUGGGAGAGGAGAGCACUGGCAGUGGCAGCAGCAGCGAAUGACCACACACACACACACACACACACACACACACACACACACACACACACACACACACACACACACACACACACACACACACACACACACACACCAUCACAGACACAUGCACACACACACACACACACACAC